CUAUUUAAAAAUGCUGAACUGAAGUAAGCGCUAAGAAAGACUAGAAUACAGAAAGUGGGAUAGUGGGAUAGUAACAUUUCUGUGCGUACCAGCACACAUUUAAGUUGAGGGAAAUGAAACAGCAAGGUGGCAAAAAGGGCAACUACAGAACAUGUGAACCUUACAAUGACCACAAGCAAAUCAGAAGCAAGAAGUAUUAUUAAAGAAAUACCCAAGAAAAAGUGGCAGAAAGAAUGGAAUAAAGAAAACAAAGAUAGAAGACAUAAGAUUCAGUGGAAGGUGGGGGAUUUGAGAACAGGAAGGAGAAACAGAAGAGAAAAUCAGUCACAUUGUGGUCAGAGUGAGACAAUUAAACAUGUAAUGAGACAUUAGAUAUGAGAGAGAGAUAAAUUAGGAGAAUUUUGAAAGGUUAAAGAAACAUUUAAUAUGGUGUACAUACUGAAAAAAAUCAGAAAGUAAAAAAGUUCUUUAGGAAAAUAAAUUUGGUAAAUAGAAUAUGAACAGUACACACACGAAAUAGACAGUUUGUCCCACACUCCAUACCAAUAGGCGGCGGUAAUGCACACCAUGUGAUAUUUGCCAACCGCCAGAAAAACCCAAGAAGAAGAAGAAGAAAAAGAACUGGUCUCAAUUCGGCAUCCGUAUUUUUAAAGCAGGACGUCUGGCUGUUGAGUAGGGAAAUAGAACAACUAUGGGAUUAUAAGCAGUUUGCAAUAAGGGAUAAGUUAGUAAGCUAUUCCCCAAACGUAUGGUUUGAACGUACACAGUAUGAAGAACUGAUAGGGUAAUAGAUGUUUCAGAUAAUGGUCGGUUUACGCUAAACUAAAGUUAGUGGAAAAAGCUAGGUGGCUAACGCUGGUAGCAAAAUUAUCCUGAUUAUUCAUUUAGCCGUAAUUUAGUGCUAUGGGAACCUGCCGAAAGUUAAACGUACGCGUAGCCUAAUGGCCUAAUUUAAAAUAGGUACAGUCCUUUAAAGUUUAAGUCAGACAUUUUAUUCUCUAUUAACUCGAAAGCCUUUGCAUAUAAGAUUUAACACACAAUCGCCACAAUGGCGGAGAAUAUUCAGUCUUUUCAGUCCCAACUUUCUGGAGUAAUGGAAACGGUGUUCAAGGCUGCCAUCUAUGAGAUCACCCGGCUGGUGGAGGAGAGCUUUGUUGAGGAGGUGCUGCGGUGCAGAGAGCAGGUGGAGUCCCUGGAGAAGAGGCUGCAGUCGGCAGAGAGCCGCCGGAAAGAGAGGCAAGACAACGGGAAGGAGAUGUGUGUUGAUUGCGGGAGAGUCAGGAUGGCCGGGGAGAACAAAUCCACAGUGACAGACAAAAGCCUGAAACAGGAGUGUGUGUCACAAGAAGAGGCACAGAGUUACCAGGGCACUGCUGGAGAGAGACUAAGUAAGAACACUGAAGAGGCAACGCAAGAGGCGAACAGUGGCGCACAGGCUUUAGGUGCACAAGAGGAGACAUGUAACAGACAACUGAAAGAAGAAGCUCCUCAGAGCAUACCGCCAGGAGACGAUGAAUCACACGGGUGGAGUGUCGGCAAAGAAGAAACGGAAGCAUCAAGUCUACCAGGACCAAGUAAACAUUUCAGUGAGCAGAACAACCAGGACUGCCAUGUAAACUGGGAAGCCAGCUUUGAGCAGAGACCAGAGUUGAACCAAGAUGGACAAUCAGAGGUCCUCUCUGAAUCACAUUUUCAGAACAGGUACAUCUUGAACGAGUUGGGUAGCUUUGGCAAACCUCAAUAUGGAGAGAUGGGUAACUUUGAUGGGCUACAAAGCUCUCCAACCCACCUGCCGGAUAAUCUUAGUUAUGUGGAUCAAUAUAAUGAAAACGGGAAACCCUCCGAAGGAGCUGAGCACCAGCGUUACAAAACAGGGUCUCCUCAGAAUAGAAGGACUGAGGAGAGUUCCCCUGUAAGGACUAACAGUGAUGUGAGUGGGGAGUUCAGCUGCUUGCUUAUAGACGAGGAAGGAUAUCUGCAGGAGCCGAAUGUCAGAUACACUGAUCAGGUAUCUGGUGAUGUGGGCAGCAGAAUGAGUUUUCGAGGCCAGGGAAUUCAGUUCCCCACUGGGGCAUAUGAGCUCUCAGCUGCAUAUAGUGAUACUUUGAACUUUGAACAAAGGCUGCAUCAUCAAAAUGCAGAAAAUGAACCAAGGAGCAGCACCCAUAACCACUAUUUUACCUCCGUACCUAAUUCUGUUUCUUUGAAGCCCCACAAACACUCCCAUAAAAGUACAGGACAAGGAUCCUCAUACACCUGCAACCAGUGUGGAAAAACCUUCACUCAAGCCUGUAAUCUAAAAGUCCACCAGAGGAUCCACUUAGGGCAGGGCCUCCAUCUAUGCAGUCACUGUGGAAAAGGAUUCCCGUCCUCUGCAAACCUAAAAACACACAAAUGUAGCCAAACAGGCAACAAACCUUAUUGCUGCGCUGUUUGUGGGAACAGGUUCAGCCGUCUCUGGAACCUGAAGCUGCACCAAAGGAUUCACACGCAGGAAAAACCUCACCGGUGCAGCAUGUGUGAUAAGAGCUUCACUAGGGCAGACAUCCUGAAGGUGCACCAGCGCACCCACACUGGAGAAAGACCCUAUUGCUGCGUCGUCUGCGGCCUCAGCUUCAAGCGCCUGGAUCACCUGAAGUCACAUCAGCGCAAACACGUGACAGACCUGUAGGACUAAAGAGAGCUACUUUGGAUUUAAUGGUGCAUUUUAUAUCGGGUAAUAUAUAAAUGAACAUUACCAAUAAUAAGUUAUGAACUGUAUUGGUUGCAUUUAUGUCAUGCAAUUAUUUAAAUAACUUAAUAAAUGUUUUGUUAUUAAGAAAGGCCAAAUAUAAUAUUUGUCAUCUUUAAAUUGAUGUUUUCUACUGAAAUACCUUUAAAUACUUUGUAGGAUUAAUACACUGUAUUUGAUCAAAAUGUAUAUGCUUUCUCAAUUAGAUGAAAAUAAAACUGCCUUAGGAUAUUA